UCAUUUUUACCAUCUGUUAUUCAGUCAGUGUUUACCUUUCCCCAGUUGUCCCUUCCCUUACCAGUUUAUCCAAAUCAGGAUCCAGACAAGCUACACACAUUACAGAUAGGGUGGAAGAUGUCUAUGGAUGUGACAUUUCUUGGGACAGGUGCAGCAUAUCCAUCCCCGACCCGGGGUGCCUCUGCUGUGGUUCUUCGGUGUGAGGGUGAAUGCUGGCUCUUUGACUGUGGGGAGGGAACUCAGACACAGCUUAUGAAAAGCCAACUUAAAGCAGGGAGAAUUACCAAGAUCUUCAUCACACAUCUUCAUGGAGACCACUUCUUUGGCCUUCCCGGGCUCCUCUGUACAAUCAGUCUACAGAGUGGCUCUGCGGUCACCAGACAACCCAUUGAAAUCUAUGGCCCUGUAGGGCUUCGGGACUUUAUUUGGCGAACCAUGGAGCUCUCCCACACAGAGUUGGUCUUUCCUUAUGUGGUCCAUGAGCUAGUACCGACAAUCGAUCAAUGUCCUACAGAAGAACUAAAAGAAUUUCCACAUGUGGAUGAAGCAGACAACUCCCCCAAAGAAGGACAAGGACGAACUAUCCUGUUAGACUCAGAAGAAAAUUCAUACCAUCUAGUUGAUGAUGAGCAAUUUGUUGUAAAAGCAUUUCGCCUCUUUCACAGAAUUCCCUCCUUCGGCUUUUCAGUGGUAGAAAAGAAGCGACCAGGUAAACUCAAUGCACAGAAGCUAAAAGAUCUUGGCGUUCCACCAGGUCCUGCUUAUGGGAAGCUGAAAAAUGGUAUUUCUGUUGUUUUGGAAAAUGGAGUUACAAUUUCUCCCCAAGAUGUCUUAAAAAAACCCAUCAUUGGAAGAAAGAUCUGCAUAUUGGGUGACUGUUCUGGGGUUGUGGGUGAUGGAGGAGUGAAGCUGUGCUUUGAUGCAGACCUGUUGAUCCAUGAGGCGACCCUGGAUGAUUCCCAAAUGGACAAAGCAAAGGAGCACGGCCACAGCACUCCACAGAUGGCAGCAAGGUUUGCAAAGCGGUGCUGUGCGAAGAGGCUGGUUCUGACUCACUUCAGUCAAAGGUACAAACCGAUUGCCUUGGCCAGAGAAGGAGAAACAGAUGGCACUGCAGAACUGAAAAAGCAAGCUGAGUCAGUGCUAGGUCUCCAAGAAGUGACUCUGGCAGAGGAUUUUAUGGUGAUUGGCAUUCCCAUCAAGAAAUGAAAUCAGCGCUCCCAAACGCUUAUGGACUUGCCUAUGAAUAUGCCGCCAAAACAAAACUGCACUCCCGAUUUUUGGUGUUUUGAUGUUGGUAGUUUUGGGGGGUUUUUUUGUUUUUGUUUUUGUUUUUCUUGUAAAAUUAUUUUGGCUCUAAUAAUCCUAAAAAAUGGAGUUUUGUUGCUGAGCUGACUCAGUAGUGAGAGGAAACAAGAUUUUAAUAAUAAAUCACUUUUUAAAAGAUAAAAGAAAAUCCAGCAUUCUUCUCAUUUUGUGGCUACUGCCACAGAUGCCAAUACUCCAGGCAGCCUUGGCCUUACCUUUGCUCCACUUAAUUACCAUUAUUGGCAGAGUUUCCAGGAUAUGGCCCUCUUGACUAAAAAAAAUGCUACUUUGGCAGUUUAUACAGAACUUGUGUUAUUAACAUAGAUAAAGAUAGUUGAGGCCGUCUAUGUGCAGUAGUGAUAGUAGCAGGCUGAUGGUUUUGCCGGAAUACUCAGGCAGGUUUGGGCCAGGUAUUUAUCUUAGCAUUUUAUUCAGCAUUCUGGUUUUCUUUUAACCCAUGGUUCUAGGUACUCCCCCAGGAAUUAGAUAUUGUGGAAAUUGUCUUUCUUCUCAGUGAUUGAAGGGGGUGGUGGUAGCUCCUUGUCACAGUGAUUGAAGGGGGUGGUAGUAGCUCUGAUGUUUAGUCAGAAGGGUCAGGAAUGCCAUAUGUUCUGCACAGUUCGGGUUAGUCCUGCAUAAUAAUUGCCUAAUGUUAAAAUGCAAAUUGUAGUGAGAGACACAAGUUAAAACAUAUUCCCAAUGUGAAUAUGCUUUGCCAAAAUUAGUGACAUAAUGAGUUGAAUUAAUAGAUAAGCUGAGUCUUUCAAUAGAGGUUCAAUAUGUCAGAAUUGAAAUGCCAUCUCAAAUAUUAUUUGGAAAAAAUUAGUCAUCAAGUGAAGCUUAUGAAUGUG